GUCCCCUUGGCCCUCACUGCGUUGCUGAUUGCCUGGGCUGUUGAGGGUCUCUGGGUCAGGGACUGCACCCUCCGCUCAUCCCCCUCAACAGUUCUUACUUCUCUUGCAGACUUAUUUUGUUCCAAAAUGGCAACUUCCUUUUAUGAGGCUCUCUUCAUUGUUGGUCUCUGUGCUCCUUUCUACUGUGUGCUCCCAGCCACCGUUCCCAGAGGAGAAUGCCUCCACCCUUCCUCCACAAAGAACAACGCCGCCUCCCAGGUGUCUUCCCACAACACCGACUUCGCCUUCCGCCUGUACAGGAGGCUGAUUUCUGAGGCCCCAAGUCAGAAUGUCUUCUUUUCCCCCAUGAGUGUCUCCACUUCCCUGGCCAUGCUUUCCCUUGGGGCCCGCUCGGCCACCAAGACCCAGAUCCUCCUGAGCCUGGGCUUCAACCUUACGCACACACCGGAGCCCACCAUCCACCAGGCUUUCCGGCAUCUGGUCCACUUGUUCACUGUCCCCAGCAAAGCCCUGGGUGUGCAGAUGGGCAAUGUCCUCUUCAUCAAGAAGGAACUGCAGCUGCAGGCAAACUUCUUGGACAAUGUCAAGAGGCUGUAUGAGGUGGAAGUCUUCCCUACAGACUUCUCCAACCCAUCCAAGGCCCAGGCCAGAAUCAACAGCUAUGUGAAAAAGGAGACCAAAGGGAAAGUCGAGAACUUAGUCCAAAACCUUGACCCUCUGACAGCCAUGGUGCUGGUGAACCACAUUUUCUUUAAAGCCAAGUGGGAGAAGCCCUUUAACCCUGUGGAUACAAAGAACAGCUUCCCAUUCCUCCUGGGCAAGGGAACCACUGUGCCUGUCCCCAUGAUGCACCAGAUGGAGCAGUUUUCUUUCGGAGUGGAUCCAGAGCUGGACUGCUUUGUGCUGCAGAUGGACUACAGGGGAGAUAAUGUGGCCUUCUUUGUCCUUCCCGGCAAGGGCAAGAUGAGGCAGCUGGAACAAGCCUUGUCAGCCCAGACACUGAGAAAGUGGAGACACUCACUCCAGAAGAGAUGGAUAGAGGUGUUCAUCCCCAAAUUUUCUAUUUCUGCCUCCUACAAUCUAGAAACCAUCCUCCCAAAGAUGGGCAUCCGCAACGCCUUUGACAAAAAUGCCGAUUUUUCCGGAAUUGUAAAGAGAGACUCCCUGCAGGUUUCUAAAGCCACCCACAAGGCUGUCCUGGACGUCGGUGAGGAGGGUACCGAGGCUGUAGCAGCUACUGCCACCAAGCUGGUAGUCCGAUCAAAGGAUGGCCCCUCUCACAAUACUGUCUUCUUCGAUAGGCCCUUCCUGCUUUUGCUUAUGAAUCAAGACAUAGACAGUGUUCUCUUUGUAGGGAAAGUUGAAAAGCCCACUAGGAUGGCCCUGGUUUGGCCAUGGCUGCUCACAGCAGGAAUCCUGGCCGCUAUCCAGUGUCAGCCCCUUUCUGACAACGAAGAUCAGAGUCUUGGGGGACUACAACCCCCCAGCCAUCAGCUCUCAGAGCCAGCCCCUGCCUACCACAAAAUCACGCCCACCAUUAUAAAUUUUGCCCUGCGUUUAUAUAAGCAGCUGGCAGCAGACAUUUCCGGAAACAUCUUCUUCUCCCCCGUGAGCAUCUCUACCACUCUAGCCCUGCUCUCCUUUGGGGCCCAACCUGACAUCUCAACUCAGAUCCUGGAGGGCCUUGGCUUCAACCUCACAGAAACCCCAGAGGAAGACAUCCACCGGAGCUUCCAGAGCCUCAUUCACACCCUAGACCUGCCCAGCCCCAAACUUGAACUAAAAGUAGGCAACUCUCUGUUCCUAGACAAGCACCUAAAGCCUCAGAAGCAAUUUUCGGACAGCAUCAAGGAGGUGUAUGGAGCUUUUGUCUUUUCUGCUAACUUCACGGAUUCUGUUACAAUAAGGAGGCAGAUUAAUGACUAUGUGAGGAAGCAAACAUACGGGCAAAUAGUGGACUGCCUCCAGGAGUUCAACCAGGACACGCUCAUGGUUCUCUCGAAUUACAUCUUCUUCAAAGCCAAGUGGAAGCAUCCUUUCAAUCGCUACCAGACCCAGAAGCAGGAGAGCUUCUCUGUGGAUGGGAGGACCUCUCUCCAGGUCCCCAUGAUGCACCAAAAGGAAAUGCACCGAUUCCACUAUGAUCAGGAGAUGGCUUGCACCGUCCUCCAGAUAGAGUACAGCGGAAAUGCCUUGGCACUUAUAAUCCUCCCUGACCCAGGGAAAAUGAGGAAGGUGGAGGUCACUCUUCAGCCGGAGACCCUAAGAAAAUGGGGUCAAUUGUUCAUGCCCAGUCUAUUGGAUUUGCAUUUGCCAAGGAUUUCAAUUGCUGGAACAUAUAACCUGGAAGAGAUACUUCCAAGAAUUGGUCUCACCAAUGUAUUCAACAUAGAAGCUAGCUUAUCAGGCCUUGGUCGGAAACUCAACACAACUAUCUCCAGGGUGUUACACAAGGCAGCAAUGACCAUGAGUGAGAAGGGAACCGAGGCAACUACUGCUUCAGGCCUCCUCUCCCAGCCCCCAUCUAUGAACAUGACCUCAGCCACAUCUGCUCAUUUUAACAGGCCUUUCCUGUUGCUCCUUUGGGAGGUGACCACCCAGAGCUUACUCUUCCUGGGAAAAGUUGUCAACCCAGCUGCAAUGUGACUGUGGUGGAGGGCCCAGGGAGUGCCUUUCUUCUCCUCUAAUACAAACAGAUAGACCAGCACCAGCCUGCAACCAUGUGACUGCUGUGUGGAUCAGUAAAUUAGUGUGCCAAGAUGCCAAUAAAGUUGACCCUGGGUUUGUGAA